AACUAGUUGAACUGGCUCUCUCUGUCUUGUUUUUUUGGCAAACUAAGAAUUUCCUUCCUGAUAAAAACAGAUGGCGGGCGCCCCGAUUGGGCGCAGCGUUGGAGAGGAUGUGACAUCAGGCACAUCUCUCGCUUCGCUGGAUAUCUGGCUGCCUCCCAGGGCAGCCAGGGAGCUGUUUCGUUAAAUCCCAGCCCAGGUACUCGAGUUUCUGCACAAAGUGCUGCCAGCACCACGUCCCAGUCUGCUGCAAGGUCUGUUCGACUCGUGUGCACAGAGCCUGCUUAAUAAAUUACUCCCAACGCCGGGGGCUCGCUGGGGACGAUGGAAUUUGAACUCUCGAGACUGACCGCGAAGUGAAAAAACAGAAAUUGGACAGAAGGGGCCGAGAUGGAUGAUGAGGGAACAAAUCAAAACGCCAGCAAAUCGCAAGGAGCCAGAGGCCAGGCAUCUGCAACGUCUCUAUCAAACCCGCUGAUGAGGGACUUUGUUUCAGACUGGUCUCCUUUACAUGAUGCCUCUAUCCAUGGGCGCCUGCUUACUCUGAAGAAACUCAUCAAACAGGGGAGUGAUGUGAAUCUUGUUACAGCAGACCAGGUGUCUCCUCUCCAUGAAGCCUGCCUAGGGGGUCAUGCUGCUUGUGCCAGUGUCCUAUUAAAACAUGGUGCUCAGGUGAAUGUAGUUACUGUCGACUGGCACACUCCGUUGUUCAGUGCUUGUGUCAGUGGCAGUGUGGCUUGCUUGAAUUUAUUGCUGCAACACGGAGCCAGCCUACACCCGCCCUGUGACUUGGCAUCCCCCAUCCAUGAAGCUGCUAAGAGAGGUCAUGUGCAAUGUGUCGAAUUCCUUGCAUCCCAUGGGGUAAAUAUAGAUCACAACAUCAAGCAUCUGGGUACUCCACUUUAUGUAGCUUGUGAGAACCAGCAAGUGAACUGUGCCAAGAAGCUGCUUGAGUCAGGAGCAAAUGUGAACAGCGGCAAGGGCCCGGACUCCCCUCUGCACGCAGCUGCUAGGAAUUGCAGUGCAGAGCUGGUGACGUUGCUGAUUGAUUUUGGAGCGGACAUUUGGGUGAAGAACUCCGAAAACAAGAGGCCGAUGGAGCUGGUUCCACCCAGCAGCCCUGUGGGCCAACUCUUCCUGCAGAAAGAAGGGCCGCUGUCCUUGAUGCAGUUGUGCCGCCUGUGCAUCAGGAGGUGCUUUGGACACAAGCAGCAUCAAAAAAUAACUGGACUUCUGCUCCCAGAUGAGCUGAAACGUUUCCUUCUCCACGUUUAAGCCUUUCAUGU